CCUGUCUAGAGUAGAGCUCCAGUCUGCAGCUAGACUACUUUGCUGGAGCCUGGAGGUCAGUGUGAAUUAUUAUGGCGGCGCUGGUAUUUCAUAGAUUGGGAGCUCGAACGCUGCUACCCCGAGUUGCAUGUGUUGUGACCCGGGCUCCAGGGAGCAGCGGUCUGUUUGCAGCAUACGUACGGAAAACAAGUAAUCCUCGCCUCUUCAGUACCCUUCCCCCACCUCCACCAGGACAGCAAGGAAAACCCUCCAAAGCAGGGCCGGUUUCAUGGAAAUCUCUGGCAGUUACUGUGGCGUUGGGUGGAGUCUUAAUGGCUGGGAUGAAAUAUCUGAAAAAAGAGAAAGAAGAUAAGCUUGAGCAGGAACGAGUCCGUUCACUGGGUAAACCAUUACUUGGAGGUCCGUUUUCUUUAAUUGAUCACAACGGACAACCCAAGUCAGACAAAGAUUACCUUGGCCAGUGGGUCUUGCUGUAUUUUGGCUUCACACAUUGUCCGGACAUUUGUCCUGAAGAAAUAGAGAAGAUGAUUCUGGUUGUGGACGAAAUAGAUAAAAUACCAUCUCUACCUAAUUUGACACCCUUGUUUAUUACCAUUGAUCCUGACCGAGAUGACAAGGAUGCAGUUGCUAGAUAUGUUAAAGAGUUUUCUUCUAAACUGAUUGGAUUGACGGGUUCAGCUGAACAAAUUGAGAAAGUGGCUCGAGCAUACAGAGUGUACUUUAGCUCUGGACCAAAGGAUGAAGACAAUGAUUAUAUAGUGGACCAUACAAUUAUUAUGUAUCUCAUCGGACCAGAUGGCUCUUUUGUGGAUUAUUAUGGCCAAAACAAAACAAAUGGAGAAAUUUCAGCUUCCAUUGCAUCCCACAUGAGGAAGAUUAAGCAAAAGCAUUAAAUUAAUAUUUUUUUUGUCUCACACAGCUAUUUAUAAGACAUUAUCGUCUUCUAUUAAUAUAAAGCCUGAAGCUUUAUGUAAGGAAAAAACUUCUGCCUUUUUAUUUUUGUAAUGUCAAGUUUGCUAAAACUGGAUAUGUAUAUUUGUAAUAAAUCAUUUAUUUA